UCUGUAGGAAAGAAAGAGGGAGAAACCAGGAAGGCAGUGGCAGCGAUUCUGCAUUUACAACUAUGUGCAUGAAUGUGACUGUGUGUGAAUGUGUGUUGUUACCAAUGUGUGUGUGUGUGUGUGUGUGAGGGAGAAAGAGAGAGCGAAAGGGAGGCAGACGCUUGGCAGAAAAGAGAUGGAUUUGGCCGACUUGUCGGGGUCUUUCAUGUCACAUUUCUGCCCUGAGGACCUGACCUCUGUCUCUCUGUCUGGGCAAUAACCUACAAAAUUAAAUGGAAUAUCAGAAUACUCCACACUGCAAAACAGUCAGCGGAACAACAUCCCUCCUCCUGCCUCUGCAUCAGUAAAAGAAGAAGAACUGAAGGGGAGACUGACUGAAACGUUUUAUUUGUAUCAACAAAGAAAGUGAAGAGUAGAGGAGAGCUCGUGUACGUGGAAUUAUCUGACAACUAGGGGAGGAUGCAGAAGAUUUAUUCAUAUAAUUAUACUCUUCUUGUUUUUUUCUUCUUUGAGGGAAAGGCAAAGAGCAGAGAGGAGAUAAUAGGAGAGUAGAGGAAAGGGGAGGAGAGAGCAGAGAGUAGAGGAGUCCAGAGGAGAGAGAGGAGAGGACCAGAGAGCAGGAAAGAGAGGAGGAGGACAGAGAGAGAAAGAGGAUACACAAUAGGAGGAGAGGAGGGGAGAGGAGAGGAGAGGAGGAGAGAGGAGUAUACACACUCGAUGGGUUUUUAGCAAUGAUGAAAUGGGAGGAAUGAAGUAUGAACUUCACUGACCUCUGCAGGAGAAUACAAUAAGCUCAACUGGCUGUGAAAUCAUGAGCGCGUCCACGUCAGGAACCCCAAACAUGGAGGUGAAAGUGGUCUCCCAGGAGAUGGCAUUGCUUAGCAACAUAAUGGCAGCUUACACCUUCAUCGCAGACCAACCCGAGAGGACAGCCUUGGUGUUUCUGGGCGGUGUCUGUGUUGGCCUUCUUGUCACACUCUGCGCCAUCGUCUUCCAGAUACACUGUCGAGCAGACUGUCACUAUGGCAACAGUAAGCACCAUCGCCGCAGGAACAAGCAUCAUCACCGUCGCCAUCACGGCUGUCCCCUCCAUCAGCCCAUUGACAGUCAUCCAGACAACACUGCUGUUGUAGCCUCUGGAGGGACUGCGCCUGCUGGGGACAGCGAAUCAGAAGACUGGGAUGACACCUCUGACAUGUCUUCACGGAGACGAAGACGCUUUGAGAGAGCUCUGCUGCAUGCCACCAUGUUCACAUCAGCUGAGGAACUGGACCGGGCCCAGAGGCUUGAAGAGCGGGAGCGGAUUCUCCGAGAGAUCUGGAUGAAUGGACAACCGGACAUCAGUACAGUCACUGAAAGCCUCAACAGAUAUUACUGACACAUGAUCAAAUACGUGUCAGUAGUCACAAAGACAUGAAGAUAGACAGAGUCUCGCAUUGCCAGACCUAUCUCCACAGCGCCGUGUAGGAAAAAAAAAAUGGAUAAAAUUAACACAAACCAUCAGAUUGGGAGUGCUGUCUGCACUGCACCAAAGAGACUCUAACAGAUCAAACUAUUAGUGACAGCACUGCCGGCAGCAGUCCCCUCCACUCUGUUAACAACAAGGAAAACAGAUAAGUUGUGAUGGCUCAGUCCUCCAAUACAGGAUGACACUGAAGUGGUCAAAAGAAGAAAGUCCUUGUUAAGUAUGACACAAAGGAUCUACAGAGAACACACUGCGAUAUGUAACUGCUGUUGGUGUAAAAGAGAUUUUAUAACUUUUCAAUUUUUUAACGCUAACUUUUAACUUUUAAAAAACAGCGGGAGGGAUGUUAGCUCAAUGCAAAGAUAAAUUUACACAUACUGGUGCUUGUACUGCUGUAAAUCCCCAGAUAAAGAGAAUACUUAUAGGAAGGACACAUAAUGGCUGGUGGGUUGAUAAAAUAUGAAAGGUAUGUCCUGACAAGUCUGUUGGUUGCAUCUGAAGACUGGAGGCUUAUCAGCUACAGGUGUUGGUGCACAAGGACAUAGGACAGCAGCUCAUCAUGUUUGAGAAGAUCAUGCUGCCUUUCUUUCUUUGGCUCAUUUGGUAAUGAGCUGAAAACAUUUCUAAACUUUAAUUACAAUUUUUUAAGCUGUUUUCUGUACAUAUUGAGUAAAAUUAUGACUUAAAACUUAUAUUGUUCCAUCAACAGUUUUUAAGUGUCUUUGGGUACUUUAUGUUGUACAUGUAUCUGGUGGGAGUCCAGAACAGAUGAUAUGUCCAGAGAAUGAUCUUGUUGACAAUAUUAAAAAUUAAUAUUGAAUUUUUACCAAUUA